AUGAGACUUUCACAGACCGUGUUUCUAGCGUGCUCAGCAGCAGCUAUUCUGGCUACGAUUUGGUACAUGGCAGCCUUCAACUCCAUUGACGGCGUCAAAUGGCCCGCCAGUCCAAAUCGUAAAGCUCCACCAAAAACAGAUACACCAGUGUUAUCUGAUACAGAAAAACAGCUGGAACGGCUUAUGGAGGCUAUUCACCAGAAAAAUGAGGAACUGGGGAUCAAAGAAUCGUUGGUAAAGGAGAAGGAAGAGGCGCUAGCUGAAAUGGAGCACCAGCGAAAAGUGGAGAUCGCUGCUCAAGAAGCCAAAGCUAAAAAAGAAGAAGAAGAGAAAGCUGAACGCAAGAAGAAAAUGAAAGAGUUGGCAGACGAAAUAAAGAAGAAGCAGAAAGAAGAAGAGGAAAAGAAAAAGAAACAACGCGAGGACGAAGAGAAAGAACGCAAGAGAUUGAGUGAUGCAUUCUGGCUUAUUCGAGAGAGACUAGCAAAGGAGGAGGCAGGACUUCUAAGGCCAGUGGAAGUUCCUCAAGAACUCAGAGACAAGUACACAGAUGACAACAACAAGUUGGUUCCCAAUAGCAAACAAGUCCUGUUGUUAUCUGCUUUUAAUAAUUCCGCUGAGUCUAGUGAUAACAUGACUCGAAAAGUAAUGAUAAAUCGCGAUGAAUAUUGCAAAUAUCAUGGGUAUACACAUCUAUUUAUCAAUACCACUAGAUACAUCAAGCAAGAUCAGAAUCAGAGAUCGCCUAGGUGGUGGAAAAUCCCUGCAAUUAAGGAAGCAUUCAAAAAACACCCGGAAGCAGAGUGGAUUUGGUAUGCGGAUUAUGAUAUUAUGAUUACGAAUGAAAUGGUAGAUCUGGCUCAACAUCUGUUAAAUCCAUAUAUCUUGGCUGAGAGAAUCACAUAUGGUUCGCCUGUCAAUUCAUUGGGAGAUCAACUUGAUGGAUUACGCGUGCCCCCUCGUGAUCAUUUUGAUGUUAAUAAGGUCGACAUAAUUUUCUCUCAAGACUUUUUUGGAAUAAACACAGCCUCGUUUUUCAUCAGAAGAUCUGUGUUCACAGAGUUUUUGCUUGAUAUAUGGGACGACCCAUUUUUCAUGGACAAAGAGUGGCUGCGUGAGGAGCAGGAUGCUUUUGUCUUUUUGUACCAACACUAUAAAGUUGUUUUUGAGCAUACAGCAAUAGUACCUCAGCGGGGAAUCAAUUCAUACCACAAGUAUAAAACAGAGACCGGUAGCUGGCAAAAAGAUGAUCUGGCACUUAAUUUCGCUGUUCCAUCAGAGGAUGAAAAACGUUCAACUAAAGAGCUGUUCGAUACCUAUUUUAUUAUCCGCAAGAAAGUUCCUGAAGAGUUCCAAAUCAACUGA